AAUCUUCAACUUUACAACAUCAAGUCCCCCAAUCAAGAUGGAGCCCGAAACAGCGGCAACCCACGAGGAAAUAUGGGACGACUCGGCGCUCGUCGAGUCUUGGAACCAGGCAUUAGAGGAAUACAAGAAGUACCACAGCAUUCACGCCAAAGGCGGCUCGGUCGACGACAUCCUCAAUGGCGCUGAUGAAACGACUCGGUCAAACACCGAUGCCAAGCCCGAACCAGGAGUAGUUGACGAAGCUGCGCGUUCUCAAGAGGACGCCGAGGCGGAGGCAGAGGUCGACGAGACAAUACCCAUGGAGGAGAGCGACGAAACAUCGGUCCCGACAAUCUCGGAUGUCCAGGACUCCGUGAAUGCGAACAAGAAACAGGGGGAUGCGCUGCAGGCCGGGGGGUCUUCCCUGCCAGGGCCACAGACAGUCUUGGGCACUGUGCAGGAUGAGGAACUCAAGAACCUCUUGAUGUCGUGGUAUUACGCAGGCUACUACACUGGACUCUAUGAAGGCAAGCAACAAAGAAGUCAACAGGCACAGAGUAGCCCAAAAACUUCCUAGGGGGGCUCCUUCCCGGUCUCGAUCUCCUGUUGCGCUACCUUGAUCACCGGGUCAAGCUCGUUGAUUGGGUUGAACAA